AUGGAGCAUCGAACCCAUUGGGCGAUCAAGCAAAUCAACUUUGAACUCCAUAGUGCGGGUGAACAAAGCCUUCUCGAGCUACAUGAGUUAAAGGAGUUGAGGAUGAAUUCUUACGAUAGAGCAAGAAUGUACAAGGCACGAACUAAGGCUUGUCACGAUGCUCAAAUUGUCAAGAAGGAAUAUGUCAAAGGCAAAAAAGUCCUCUUUUUCAACUCCCGCUUGAAGCUUUUCCCGAGCAAGCUUAGGUCAAGGUGGAGUGGGCCGUACACUAUCACAGAGGUGUUCCCAUAUGGCGCUUAUGAGAUUUCCCAAGACGGGCAUACUUCAUUCAAAGUGAACGGUCGCCGGCUCAAGCCCGAUUACGAAGGAUUCCCAAGUGAUGAACCAAUUUUUGUGAAUCUUCUUGAUAUGCAUCAUCAAUUUGACCUUCCUUGA